UUUUUUUUUCUUUCUUUCUUUACUUUAUAUUACUCUUUUUAUUAUAUAAAAACAUGGCUUCUCGUCUUCAACAAGUUUCUGGUCACCUUGCUCCUUCUUCUAAUACUUCUGCCAAUAAGAUUGGUGUCAAGUCUCCUGAAGAUGUUGUCAUCGUAUCUGCUUUACGUUCUGCUAUUACUCGUGCUCGUAAAGGUGGUUUCAAAGAUUCUCUUCCUGAAGAAAUGUUAUCUGGUGUUUUCAAAGGUCUUAUUGAACAAAGUAAGAUUGAUCCUGCUUUGGUAAAUGAUAUUUGUGUGGGUACUGUAUUGGCUCAAGGUGGUGGUGCUACUAAUGCUCGUAUGGCUGCUCUUCAUGCUGGUUUCCCUGAAUCUACUUCUGUUAAUACUGUGAAUCGUCAAUGUUCUUCUGGUCUUCAAGCUGUUGUGCAAAUUGCUACUGCUAUUCAAACUGGUUUGAUUGAAAUUGGUAUUGGUGCAGGUUUUGAAUCUAUGACCAAGAAUUAUGGUGCUUCUUCUAUGGCUCCUACUUCUGAAAAGAUUGCUGAUGAAUGUCCCUCUGCUGCUGAUUGUCUUAUUCCCAUGGGUCUUACUUCUGAAAACGUUGCUUCUGACUACAAUGUAUCUCGUGCCAAACAAGAUGAAUUUGCUGCUUCAUCUCAUGCAAAGGCUACCACUGCUCAAAAGAAUGGUUGGUUCAAUGAAGAAAUCGUCCCUAUCAAGGCUGUCGUUGAAGAUAAGGAUGGUAAUGAAACUACCAUUGUUGUCGAUAAGGAUGAUGGUAUCCGUCCUGGUACUACUGCUGAAAAGCUUGCCAAGCUUCGUCCUGCUUUUGAUGAACAAGGUUCUACUACUGCCGGUAAUGCUUCUCAAGUCUCUGAUGGCGCUGCUGCUGUUUUGUUGAUGAAGCGCAAGACUGCUGAAAAGCUUGGUUUAUCUAUUAUUGGUAAGUAUAUCACUUCGGCUGUGGUCGGUGUUCCUCCUCGUGUCAUGGGUGUUGGUCCUGCUUAUGCUAUCCCUGUUGCUCUUGAAAAGGCUGGUAUCACCAUCAACGACGUCGAUCUUUAUGAAAUUAACGAAGCUUUCGCUUCUCAAGCCGUUUUCUCUGUCGACAAGCUUGCAAUUCCUUAUGAAAAAGUGAACGUCAAUGGUGGUGCUAUCGCUUUUGGUCAUCCUCUUGGUGUUACUGGUGCUCGUCAAAUCGCCACUUUAUUAUCUGCAUUGAAGCGUCACGGAAAGAAGGUUGGUGUCACCAGCAUGUGUAUCGGUACUGGAAUGGGUAUGGCCGCUGUGUUCGAACGCGAAUAAGAUGUUAGAUAGUAAAUUAUUGUAGACAAUACCCUUCUUCCUCUUUUUCUCCUUUCUCACUCUUUUAGUUAGUUAUACACAUAUUUCAAUGAUGAUAUGUACAUAUUGUAAUCAAAUAAAAAACCAAUUUUUUAUAUAUAA